AUGGCCCAGAUGUUUGAUGAUGAUGGUACAGACGGAAUCCUGUUGGUUGACUGCAAUAUCCAAAUUACUUGCCCUGAAAUGUCCAUAUCACCAACACGUACAGAAGUUCCUAGAGAUUCUUCACCUGUGGAGGGGAAGAGAUCUUAUUCCAGGAAGGGACAACACAGGGUGACCCACUAGCGCUAGGUGGUAUGCGAUGGACACAUCCAUCUUGAUUCAGAGCCUAAGAGCGCGUAUACCUGAAGUUAAGCAAGUAUGGCUGGCUGAUGACUCGGCGUGAGGCGGCCCAACAGAACUGUUAUGCAACUGGUACAAGCUUCUUUGUCAAGAAGGAAAGAAAUGGCUCCAAAAGAUAGCUGAUAGUAAAGCUCGGGUAGUAAAGACACAUGAUUUAGCAGAUGAGGCCGAAUUGGUGAUUGGGGAGGGGGUCAGAAUAACAACGGAAGGUCAGUGACACCUAGGAGCAGUCAUGGGAUCCCAGGAGUACAAAGGCCAAUAAUGUAUUGGAAAAGUUCAGGGAUGGAGGGAAAGCAUCGAGUUGCUGGCUGAGAUCGUAAAGAGUCAACCCCAUGCCGCCUACGCAAAGGGCUACUAAUCGAAAUUUGCAUAUUUCAUGCAUAAAAUUGACUUAUUUGAAGACUAGGUGGAACCAACUGAUGAAGCGAUCAACGGUAUUUUCCUUCCAGUUCAUUUUGGUCAGACGGAACCGCUCCCUGAUGAGUUGCAAGACCUAUUCACAAGGGGGUCUGGGUAUACCAGACCUGAAAGCUGAAGCCUCACGGCAAUACGUUGCCUCAAAGUUAAUAACAGCACCGUGUAGCAGCUAUACUUUCUAAGGUCAACACUGCGGGCCAGAGAUAAGGGUGCAAGCGCGUGGCUCAACUCCGUUGCCCUUGAAGAGCAGGACCUGUGGUGUAAGAAGAAGGGUUUUGUUUCACAAAGACAUGAUGGCUUCCAGAACCUUCUCACAUCUCUUCUCAGCAAAGUCUGCAAGGGUGUCGAGGUAGAGCCCCACCUCCUACGGAUGGACAUUGACGUAUUCAACCUAAGCUCCGCCGUCACAAGUCCUGAGGCUAGACUGGACAUAAAGACAGGAAGUUUCUGGUCGCGAGGAGAAACAUAA